GUCUGGGUGCACUUCAGCCUCCAGCCUCUUUGUCCCUGCCUGUGCUCAGCCUGCUCAGGUGCGUCAGACCUCCGUGCGCUUUCCAUUAACCUUACAGCUUCUGCCUUCCCCUUUUCCCUCUGUCUGACAGAGCUUCUGUCUCUCUGGUGGCUCUUUCGUCCUUGGGCAACCCUGUGGGUUGGCCUGCAGGUGCAGAAGGUGCAGGCAGCUGCCCUCCUGGCCCUGCCUGGAGGGAUAGCAUUUCUACAUGAUGGCUGGAGGCAACGAGAGGAACGUGAAGGCCCUGAGGGAAGUGUGGAGAAGAGCAGAAAACUCUUUGUGCGCAGACUGCGGGAAGCCAGAUCCUGACUGGGCAUCCUCUACUUUGGGUGUGUUUAUAUGCCUCAGCUGUUCAGGAAUUCACCGCAACAUCCCUAGCAUCAGCAAAGUCAAAUCCCUGAAGAUGGACCACUGGGAUGAUGCUCAGGUGCAGUUUCUGGCCAAGCAUGGGAAUGCUGUAACCAAAGCUACAUAUGAAGCUCACAUCCCUAUUUACUAUUACCAGCCAACCUACAAUGACUGCCAAGUGCUGAGAGAACAGUGGAUACGGGCUAAAUAUGAACGCAAAGAGUUCACCGAGCCAGGAAAACAGCUGCCAUAUUCUGAUGGGGUGAAGGAAGGUAUUCUCUGGAAGCGAGGUCGAGACAACGGGCAGUUCCUACCCCGCAAGUUCCUCUUGUCUGAGAGAGAGGGAUGUCUGAAGUAUUUCACCAAGCAGGAUGCCAAAGAACCUAAAAUCAAUAUUAAAAUAGAUGUCAUCAAUGCUACAUUCCAGCCAGUCAAGAUUGGGAACCCCAAUGGCUUGCAGAUCACAUAUCUCAAAGACAACAAGACCAGGAAUAUAUUUGUCUACCAUGAAAGCGGAAAGGAGGUAGUAGACUGGUACAAUGCCAUUCGCUCUGUGCAGUUCCAUUAUUUGAAGGUAGCAUUUCCCAUUGCCAGUGACAAUGAGAUUAAAAAUAGGCUGACAAGAAACUUCCUGAAGGAGGGAUACAUGGAGAAGACUGGUCCCAAGCAGAGAGAGGCUUUUAAGAAGCGCUGGUUCACAUUGGAUCACCGCAGGCUCAUGUACUUCAAGGACCCUUUGGAUGCAUUUGCAAAGGGUGAGGUAUUUGUGGGCAGCAGAGAGAAUGGAUAUAGCGUUCAGAAGGGAUUGCCUUCCGGGACACAGGGCAAUUUCUCUUGGCACUAUGGCCUCACCAUUGUCACCCCCGACCGGGAAUACCUCUUCACCUGCGAGACGGAGACUGACCAGCUGGGAUGGAUCGAGGCCUUCACGAGCAUCAUCAACCAGGCCAUGACACCACAGGAAUAUGCAAUUGAAGCCUACUUCAAGUUUAAAUCCUAGGAAGCCAUGCAGGAACCUCUCUACAACUUGAACCCUACUUGGUCCUGUUGGGUUGGCCCAUCAGGAGAGGAGAAGAGAUUGCCAUCGGAGAAACACAGUGCUCUUGAAGCACUCUUUGAAGCACUUUUUUUUUUCCCUAUGGACAGUCCAUUUGUUCUGGGGGCCAAAUUAAGCAGCUUCCUUUCAAGCACAAGAUUUUGCAAGUCUCAAUCCUCAGUGCAAACUAUCAUUGUUAAAUUACUGUGAUCUGACUGGAUGCUGGCAGGCCUGGUCUGUCAAUCUGGCCUUGAAAACUUGGCACUUGCUGUGUUGGAUGGGGGCCCUGGCAUCACGCUUUCCACAACAAAACAGCUGCCUGGUUGGGGCUACACCCUAGUGGGUUGCAGGGGCUGCUGGACUAGGAAGGACUGUUCCUUUACAAGAAAUGGCUUAUCUGCUGGCAACAGAGAUGUGAAACAUCUAGAUAUUUGAUCAGUUGGAGCUGUAGUUGAGAAAAGUCACUUAAAAGAUGUAAUUUAACAGCCAAAUGUGAGGUCUGUUUCCUUCUC